AUGAUAGGCCGAUAUAGACAGCCUCCAACCCCCGAUCAUAUGUGCUUGAAUCUCAGAACGCAGACCUCAUGUCAGUUCACAGCUAGCGCCUCCUCUGCCCCUUGCAAGCAGCCAAUGCCAAUACUAACCGAUCCAUUCAGAAAAUCCUACCUUAAACUUCUCUCCUCGCAUGCCAGUGAACAUUACCCGAACAGUUCAUACGGCGUUUAUCCCUCGCAGGAUGACUCUUCCAUCGCCAUCCUUCUAGUAGCGAACAAAUACUCUCCUAACAAUUUCUGGAACGGUAGAUACCGCGCCAUAUACAACGUGCCGGUGUCCUCGGGUGGCACAAUCACCGGCACAAUUCAUGUGGACGUUCAUUACUACGAAGACGGGAAUGUUUCUCUCAACAACAAGAAGCCGGUGUCCAUAUCGAUAACCUCGGCCUCCCCAGCCGAUGCUGCCUUUAAGCGUAUUGUAACUACCGAGCGAGAACACCAGGAAGAACUGAACGAUGCGUUCAACCGGUUAUCCGAGGGUGCAUUCAAGGGCCUGCGUCGACAGCUCCCUAUUACACGACAGAAGGUCGAGUGGGAGAAGAUUGGCGCAUAUAGGCUUGGAAAGGAUAUAUCUGGUGGCACAGGCUACUGA